AUGGAGUCAUCUUUAGUUGCAAGCACAGUACCUGGCCGGAAAAGGAUGAUCGGAGAGUUGAUUCGUGGCCGGAAAUUUGCGCAGCAGCUUCAACUUUUGUUGCGUAAAUCCCCUGAAGCUGAGGUUAUUGAGGACAGUGAAAUGACGUCUGCUCAGAUUCUGGUGAACAAAAUCUUGGAUUCGUAUAAUCAAAGUCUUUCAAACAUCAGCUCCGGGGGGUCUGAUGAGGUUUCUGAAAUUCAGGCAGUGGAUUCUCUGUGUUCGGAUGGCCACCGGAAGUCUGAAGACUCCGACGAGAGUUUCAAGACUUCUGUACGGAAGGAUCGGAGAGGAUGCUACAAAAGAAGGAGAACUUCUGAGACAUGCAUUAGAGAGACCUCUACUUGGAUUGAUGAUGGCCAUGCAUGGAGGAAGUAUGGACAAAAACCCAUACUCAAUUCCCCACAUCCAAGAAACUACUUCAGGUGCACGCACAAGUUUGAACAGGGAUGCCUAGCAACCAAACAUGUCCAAAAGAUUCAAGAAGAUCCGCCAAAAUUUAGGACAACAUACUAUGAUAAUCACACUUGCAGAAAUUUAUACAAAUCAUCUCAUGUUGUUAUCGUGGAUCACACAGCAGGGGAUAAUUCUUCCAAUAUCAUCUGGAAUUUCGGGUCUCAGAUUGAACCAGUUUGUGAGCCUAAUGACCCAGUGAAGCAGGAGAACAAGGAACAAGUUCGAAAUUUGCCCGACAACAAAUCUGGAUUGUCUGAUUACUUCAUCCCACCUGAUGAUCAUCUCACUACAUUUUGUCAAACCUCUGGGCCCUUGACUGCAUUCUCAUCAGGAUCUGAUCAUGGGGAUGUGAUUUCUUCUGAUGUGUAUUCCUGUACGGCUAGCACUCACAGUAUGGAUAUGGAUCAUAUGAUUGCAGGACCUGUUUUUGAUGAUGUUUUUCUUAAAUAUUAA